AUGGUUAGAGGUGGAGCUGUCGGUCGUGGUCGUGGUCGUGGGCGUGGUCAUGGUAGGGGGCGUGGUGUUGCCUCGGGUAGCGACACGAGUGUGGGCCGAAGUGCUACGGCCGAUUUUGUUAGUGAGUCCCAAUCGCAUCAGGACGGGCCCGUGGGUGGUGAGAGUGUGAGUGCCGUGGGAGCCGGUUCGUCCGGGAACGGUACUAGUGUUGUUGGGAACCCAGUCGGGGGUGUUCCAACAGAUGGCGGUAGCAGCGGUGCAGCCGCCGAUGCAGCCAGUGGUGCAGCAAUGGGUGCAGCCAGGAUUGCAGCUGGCAGGGCAGUCGUUGGCUCAGCUGGGAGCACCGCCGGUGGCACAGAUUGA